UGAUGGGAUCGCGGGAUUGCGAGGAUCUGCCAUGCGCAUGUCCUUCCGCUCAUCGGGCAAUUCCUUAUAAGCGUCCGAUCUUUACUUUACCGUCCGUCUCCUCCCUUUCCCCCCCAAGUGUAUCCCCACAAAAUUGAUAAGCAGGAUGGCUACGACAGAACCGGCGAAAACAGACAAACAUUCGUCGGAUGAGGAGAGUUCCAGCGGCAAGGGUACGCUUUCAGAGCAUCACGAGGCUGAAGAGGGUCAUGUCGCGACUGACGAAUAUGGCAAUCCUCUAGUCAAACUCGAUUCUCAAGCGGAAGCCAAACUUCGUAUGAAGAUAGACUGGAUGAUCAUCCCGCCUGUGUCGUUGAUGUACCUUUUCUGCUUCAUCGAUCGCGCCAACAUUGGGAACGCAAGAUUAGCUGGAUUUGAAAAGGAUUUGGGCCUCCAAGGAAACGAUUACAACGCCAUCCUCUCCAUCUUCUAUAUUUCGUACAUUAUCUUCGAAAUCCCCUCGAAUGUCAUUUGCAAAAAGAUCGGACCAGGAUGGUUCAUUCCAGGCAUUACCCUACUCUUUGGUGUGACAUCUAUUGGUACCGCUUUCGUGCACAACAUGGCAGCUGCGUCUGGAGUACGAUUCCUCCUAGGUGUCUUUGAGGCGGGAAUGGUGCCUGGUAUUGCAUAUUACAUGUCUCGCUGGUACCGUCGAAGCGAACUUACCUUUCGCCUCGCACUGUACAUCGUCAUGGCACCACUGGCAGGAGCAUUCGGUGGCCUCUUAGCCUCGGGCAUUCUCAAUCUUUCCCAUUUUGGCAGUCUCCAACGCUGGCGUAUGAUCUUCGCCAUCGAAGGAAUCAUUACCUGCGGCUUAGCCCUCCUUGGCUUCAUCACCCUCACAGACCGUCCCGAGACGGCUCGGUGGCUUAGUGAGGAAGAAAAGAAGCUCGCUAUUUUACGUAUCAAGUCAGAGCGAGUUGGACAAACCGAGGUUCUGGACAAGCUCGACGCAAAGAAGCUUCUACGCGGCAUAUUCAACCCUGUCACCCUCGGCGUUUCCCUUGUCUUUCUUCUAAACAACGUCACCGUCCAAGGGCUGGCGUUCUUCUUACCCACCAUUGUGAAGACUAUCUACCCCACAAAAAGCGUCAUCUAUCAACAGCUUCACACCGUUCCACCCUACGUCGUCGGAGGAUUCUUCACCAUCCUCUUCCCGCUGCUCAGCUGGAAAUUCGAUAGACGGCAAAUCUUCUUUAUCAUUCCUGCGCCCCUGAUGGUCAUCGGGUACAUCAUGUUCCUUGCUUCCAAAGAUCCCCAAGUCCGUUAUGGUGCCACCUUCCUCAUUGCUUCAGGUGCCUUCUCCUUCGGUGCGUUAACCAACGCCCAAGUCUCCGCAAACGUUGUAUCAGACACCGCCCGCGCCUCUGCGAUAGGUACCAACAUGAUGUUUGGUAACAUCGGAGGACUCAUCUCGACAUGGAGCUUCUUACCGUUCGAUGCCCCCGAUUUCAAGAUUGGGAAUGGGUUGAAUCUGGCCACGUCCAGUACGAUUAUCGUUGUUAGUACUGCGAUAUUGUUUUGGAUGUGGGCGGAUAAUAAGAAGAGGAAUGCGAAGAAGGUGGAUAUCAAGGCAGAGUUGGAAGGGUUGGAUCAGAAGGCGAUUCAGGAUCUGGAUUGGAGGCAUCCUUCGUUUAGGUGGAAGCCUUAGGUUGCUCUUUUUUUCUAAAUCUCCGACUUAGGGUUCUAGUUUUUACUUCUGCAUGUCUUGUAUGAACUGUGCAAUUAUUGUUACUUGCUUUGACG